UUUCGCUAGAAAAGAACGUUUAAUGGGUAAAUAUAUAAACUUUUCGAAAUUGCGACGCCAUAUAGGUACUUUGGUGUCGUUAAGAUGUCGCGUCUUUUAGCUAUCGUUGCAUCGUUCCUGAUUUGCGGCGGCGCAGUAAGCGGACAAAUAGACCUGAUGAGUAAAGUCCGCAGCGAUGCCGUCGAAAAAUGCCUGAAGGAUACCGGCGUGAGUUUAAAGGACCUGCUCAAUUUCCAGGAAAUGAGCUCGUUGGGUGAAAAGGAGAUGUGCUUCGCAAAAUGUCUAUCGGAGACUAUGGGCCUACUCGGGGCAGAUGGGGAGUUAAAUUUUGACGAGAUUAAGGCCAUUAUUCCUGCCGGUAUAGAUGCGGAAGUGGAAAAGAAAGGUGAAGAAUGCGCGAGGGCCGUAGGAAAAAUAUCGUCGUGCGCCGACAUGGGUAAACUUUUCCAAUGUUAUCCCCAAUAAUAAAGCUAUCGUUCCGGACUUGUAUUUUUCGGUUACUGUAUACGGACUAAGUAGAAAUAAAGGUCUAACCGAAUAUUGUA